UUACAAUAAACAGCAUAUUAGAAUAUUUCACGAGUAAAAGGCAAAAAGUUAUCGAGCGUUCACCCUGACGGGUCUGAACUGACGUAAAAUAUUAUUCACGUUGAUAUUCAUAUCGUUCACAGUCUGGACUGUUGUUUAAUGGAAGGACUUGAUAUUUUUAAUAAUUAUAACAGGCGAGAGUUGAAUCCAGCCAUGUCGUCUCCUUGGGGUAAAGUCUCAAACUCAGCCCCCGUGGAACCUUGUUCACUCCAAGAUGUUAUGAGCGAACAGCUGGCAGCUGACCUACAAGAAAAGGACGAGAUGAAAGAAUGGGAGUUAAUCAGCAGAGCAGAGGCAGACCCAGGGUUAAACUUGGCCUCACUGACGGCAGGAAUUGGCUCAGAAGACACAAAAGAUGAUCACAUGUUGGCCCAGCUUCUACAAAUGGAGUUUGAUAAAGAACACGACCAGGAGGUCCGAGUGAGAGAAAAGCAGUACAACAGAGAUAGCAAAGUGUCCAUAUCCUUCGAGAACUACCGAACAUUGCACCCAGCUUACCGAGACGAAGAAGACGAAGUUGUCCCCACACUUGAUGAAGAUUACGAAGGAGAAAUGAAAUGGGACAAGAAACCACCAAAAUUUAACAGCCAGGGGACGUCAGGCAAAGGCAAGGAGAUGAUCACGAAACACGACUCCUCCGUGUGUGGACGGAGGAACGCAUCGAGAAUGAUGGAGUUUCCACCAGAGUUUGAAGUUGGAGAUGGUGAGGGUAUGGAUAUGAAAUUACCCAAUCAUGUUUACAAUAAACUUAAACUCCACUCAAUCUCAGAAAACAAGAGAAGUCAAAAGCUUCACGAGAAAAAAGAACAUUCGACUGCGGAACAAGCAAUGGAUCCUCGGACACGUCUGUUGUUGUAUAAAAUGGUGAACAAUCUUGUCUUAGACUCUGUUAGUGGCAGCAUCAGUACCGGAAAAGAAUCUGUCGUUUUUCACGCCUUUGGUGGAGAGAUCGCUGGAGAAGCAAUGCCCAAAGAAGUGGCCAUCAAGGUAUUUAAAACCACUCUUAAUGAGUUCAAAAAUAGAGAAAAAUAUAUCCACGGUGACCAUAGAUUCUCGAGAGACGACUUCAAGAAACAGAACCCUAGAAAAAUCAUCAAAAUGUGGGCAAUGAAGGAAGCGGCGAACCUAAACAGGAUGAAGAAGUUUGACUUGCCGUGUCCUGUUGUACAGGUCCAGAGGAAACACAUGCUUGUGAUGUCCUUUAUUGGUGAGGACCAGAAACCAGCCCCUAAACUAAAGGAUGCUGUCCUGACUAUCCCAGAUCUGGAGGAUGCUUACGACCAAACUCUGGAGUUCAUGAAGAAGAUGCAACGACAGUGUAGCUUGGUUCAUGCAGAUCUCAGUGAAUAUAACAUGCUAUGGUGGAAAGGCAAGGUUUGGGUGAUUGACGUUAGUCAGGCUGUCGACGUCACACACCCGCUAGCCAUGGAGUUCCUACACCGAGACUGUACUAAUGUAUCCAAUUUUUUCCGGUCGGGUGGUGUCCAUCAGGUGAUGACCCCUGAGGAGAUGUUUAACCAUGUCACUGGAUUUGACAUUUCUGGUGAGGGCGCCGAUUUUAUUGCUCAGGUGCGACGCUAUGACACAGAAAAAUCUGAAGAGUACCUUCUUUGUCCAACAAAUCGGAAGCAGUUUUCAUUUGACUUUUUCUUUGACAAGUCCCAAAAGGAGAGGGCAGAUGCUCUUAAGGAAGUAGGAUUUUCAGAUAGUGAGGAAGAAGAAGAAGCUGAAAGUGAAGUGAAGUAGGAAUUAAUUUAUAAAGUAAAAACUUGUCACUUCAGAAGGUCUAUAUAGAGAUGUUACUGAACACAGAGUGUGCAGACCGAGCGCUGAGUGCUAUUCUUUUAACCAGAAUAAUCUCUUGAAACUCACAUAAUGAUUGUGUAACAAUGUGGAAAUAAUUUUAUGAAAAUAUAAGCAUUCAGAUGAAUAAGAUUUU